AACGCUCUCAUUUGAUCCUCCGCACCUGCCGAAAGCGGAUGCGGCGAUAAUCGGUCAAGGAGGCACGUGAAAGACCCGCGCCCUGCGACGUUCGCCGACGCGGUCGACACCGACAUCGUCGUCGACCACCAUGUCCUCCGCCCUCGUCGCCCGCUCUGCCAUCAACGCCCGCCUUGCCUCUACCUUCGCCCGCAGGUCGCUGCGCCCACUCGCGGUUCACGCUCGAAGCGUGUCCGAUGCUGCAUACGUGCCGGGUGGACCCAUCUACAAGGGGACCGUAAACGACCCAACGGACUUCCCUCCUCCCUCCAAGACCCAUGGGUCGUACCACUGGGCGUUCGAGCGCCUCCUCUCCGCGGGCCUCGUGCCCAUGACCGUCGCUGCCUUCGCCACAAGCAGCAGCAGCUAUCCUCUCCUCGACGGCAUCCUCGGCGUCAGCCUUGUGAUGCACAGUCACAUCGGGUUCGACUCCAUCGUCGUCGACUACCUGCACCCACGCAAGUUCCCCAUCCUUGGCCGCGUGUUCACCUGGACGCUCCGCGCAACCACCGUCGGCGUACUCGUCGGUGUCUACCAGUUCAACACCAACGACAUCGGUCUCACUGAGCUCAUCGCCAAGGUUUGGCACGCAUAAAGCAUCUGGUAGUAACGGUGGGCGGCAGCGGACAACAGGGCAGCUGAGUCCCUUCUAUAUCCACGCGUUUCUCUGUAUAGCAGGAGAGUGGUCCAGCAAUUCAUAUGUGCGUGUUGUAACGCGCGGUGUACUUC